CCCAGCCCCUCUGCGCCUCGUGCUCUCCCCUCAACAGCCACACCAUCCACGGCUGUCAAACCAAGCAUAAGCACAACUGAAGGCCAUUCGUCCCGCGAUUCCAAAUCUACAAUCUCGACCCGAACACCCGGACCCAUCAAUUCCAAAUAUCGGGCCAGCAGCAUCAAUUCCCGGUUCCAGACCUCUCGGGCUCAUUCGUUACAUCGUCUUUAUCGCUGCGUCGCUGCCACCAUCGCCGCCGUGUCUGCUGCUGGAAUCUCCAGCCUCGCUGCGCUGGUGCAAACCAUGUCGUGGAACCUGACCAAAAAACUCAAAGAAACCCAUCUGGGCUUCUCAAAGUCUUCAUCGCCCCUCGGCAGAGAUAAGACCAAGGACAAGAGCGGCACUUCGACUCCGUCUGACGUCAACAGUAUCUCCGAUGCGAACGGCGCCACCACCAUAGAAGGCCUCACACAGGCGCCCGUCGUCAAGCCACCGAAACCCGGCAUCCUCGUCCUUACCCUUUUCGAAGCCCGCGGCCUCUCUCUCCCCGAAGAAUAUCAAGAUGUCAUAGCGGCAGGCCACCCGACUGGCGCUCACUCUGCCGGGGAUGCGCUGAGCUCUGUCCGUCAGAAUGCGUCUGCCAGACCGCAGUCAACCGGAUCGGGAUUCAAGGGAAUUCCCACCAACCAUGGCCGCGUAUCGACCAAAUACAUGCCAUAUGCGCUGGUGGAUUUUGACAAGAACCAAGUUUUUAUCAACUCUGUUGAUGGCAACCCUGAGAACCCUGUUUGGGCUGGGUCCAACACCCAGAUCCGUUCGCGUCAAUCCCAAAUUCGAAACCGCGUCUGA